AUGGGCUCCCAACAUGUCGCACAAUAUGUCAAGGGUCUCUCCGUCGUUGAUCUGACCAAGCUCAGAUCACAUCAAGAUACAAAGCCAGAGCACCUACCAGUCACUUGGAAUGCCCGGGUCUAUCUGGAGGGAAGAAAAAUCCCUGACAACGGUGACUUCGGUUCUCGCAAGCCUGACCUGACGUACAUCGACGAUCGACCCAUCGAGCUUUCCGUUGGCGCCCCUCCGACUCAGCAACCCACGGAGCCGGAGAACAAUGUGACAGGACCUGUGGAGUGGAGCGGCGCAGUCAUUGUGAUUGACACGUUCGUUGAGGCGGGUAUCCAGACGGACAGCUCAUCAGCCAUGACGGGCUCACCUCGGCUGGAUAUGUUAAAUCCCACACGGGUGUCUACGCGGUGCCUUGUGGUGGGAUCUCCGUUUCUCGCCCACGCACUCGGUUACCUUGUUCAAUAUUAUCCCUCGUUUCAUGGGAUGCUAUUCGAUGAAUCAAUGAGAGAGGGUCUGAUAAUUCAAGAGCCCUUUGCCGUUCUACUUCAUCACUUUGAUUCCAUAGAGGCGAUGGCCGAGGGAAAUGCCCCGGUACCUACUUGCAAGAGUGAGCAUGAUGACAGCACUGAAUCGAUUGAAAGGACAAAGGACCAUCUACAACAUCUUGUGGACUUCCUCCGACCCAUCUAUCAAGAGUUAAUGCUGACAUAUCAAAAACAUAUUUCUGAUCCUGUGCCCCAAGUGGCCUUUGACAAGAUCUGGUAUCUUCUCAAACCCGGGACAGAUGUCUAUGUUCAAGUUGACGGGUCAAUAUAUGUAGCAGUUGUGAUCGAUGUCAAACCCGAUGGUGCCAAUCACAACAAAGUCGUGGGGAGUGGGAAUGUCAAGUGGUGGCUCGUCGAUCUGUGGCAACUAGAGACCGACGGGUCUCGUCUCCGACGAGGCUUGAUCUCCGCAAAAGUGCGCGCCUACUCUGGACUUCGAGAAGUCACCAGUCUUUCGGUGUGUCCAAUCUCCAUUUGGGAUGCACAAGACGCUGGCGAGCGACGCAGGCAUAUCAUUCGCCGGAGCGCAAUCCUCUUCAAGGCGCUUCGUCAGGGUAAUCUUCUUGCGGACUACAAUGGGCCAAUCAAAGAAACAGCUCAAGAGUACGUUGGAAAGGUGGUGAUCGACCACUGGAGAGGACUCACGGACCCUAAACGCCAACGUCCCAAUUCUUCGCACGUCAAGGACUAUUCAAAUCGGUUCCAAGAGUACGAUGGAACUUUGAUCAACAAGGAUCGGCCCUUCAACACUAUCCCAUCUGCAGAUAAUACAGAGAAUGGAGAGGACGCCCUAUCGGCAGCGGAGGCUGCAAAGGAUGAACAGAUCGCCCGCCUGGAAAAAUUGAUCUCGGAUGACCGAUCCGAACGAGAGGCCAAGGAAACUGCACGUCUUCAGGUGCUUGGAAUAACCGCCCUGGAGCAGCAACAUGCUAGCCACAAUCAGCCUACAGAUCCUGCACAGCACGAGACAAUCGCUCGCCUGGAAAACCGUUUUCUCGAUAGACACUCGGAACGGGCGGCCAAGGGAGUCGCACGUCUGGCGGCCAUUCAACGUGAGGCGACUGAAAAGGCCGCCCAAGAGCAGGAGCUCGCUCAUGACCGUACCGGAAAUUCCGGGCAACAUUACGCAAAGCCAGAGGGUGAUAGCGCCGGCAUCAGUCCGACGAAGGUGCACGAGUAUCAGGGCACCGAAUUGCCUGACAUGGAGCCCAGAGUCCACGUCACCCAUAAGCUCACCGAGCAUCAACUCCUUCUUCUAUGCCCCGUUGCGCUGGCAUUUGCUCUCGGAACAAAACAGUGGAUCCUAAUCUCCCUCGAUUAUAUCCAAGAAUCAGUGCCAUCAGAUGAGAUUAUCUCAAAUCUGAUCAUUGGUCCGGGCGAGCUGCAAAUUAUCAAGGCUCUCUCGAACCGCCAAAAUAGUCAUGUCAAGCACUGGUCGGUCGACUUUAUAGAGGGAAAGGGCUCUGGGCAGAUCAUAUUACUACACGGUCCUCCGGGGGUGGGAAAAACUUACACAGUCGAGGCUAUAUCCGAGUGGUUGCACCGACCACUCCUUACGCUCACAGUGGCUGAUAUCGGUACGGUCGAGACACUGGUUGAAGAGAACCUCGUGCACUGGUUUAAUCUGGCGGAAACAUGGAACGCCGUACUCCUCGUUGACGAAGCAGAUGUCUUCCUUGAACGACGCCAGAAUCGAGACCUCGCUCGAAAUGGAUUGGUAUCAGCUUUCCUCCGGCGAAUGGAAUACUUCAAGGGUCUCCUCUUCCUGACCACAAACCGCGUCGGACAGAUAGACGAUGCCUUCAUCUCACGUAUCCAUAUCGCAAUUGAGUACCAGAAGCUCAAUGAAGAAACGCGGCGGAAAGUUUGGAAUGGCUUUUUCCGGAAACUGAAGGCUGAUCGCACGAGUAAGAUCCAGAUCGAACUGGGCGCGAAGAAGUGGAUUCUCGAUACCGCUGGUGAGACGCAACUCAACGGGCGGGAUAUUCGCAAUGCACUGCAGACGGCUAUCACACUGGCGGAGUUCGAGAAGCAAGAAGAUCCGGAAGAUGAUGAAUUUCAAGUGACAGUUGUCACUACGGCCCAUUUCCAGAAGGUUCUGGGGAUGGUGAAUCAGUUCCGUAAUUAG